AGCCCAAGUACAUCUUCCACGGCUUCAUGGAGAGACUCUGGGCGUACCUGACCAUCCACCAACUCCUGGAGCGAAUGGUUUCCGCAUCCGAAGCCGAUAAGCAGGCCCUGGAGACGCAAGCUCUGGGCUUGUCGCUCAACUAUAGCUUUGUCACCCCCCUCACGUCCAUGGUGGUCACCAAACCUGAAGGCCAAGAACAGUCUCAAGUUGCUGAGAAGCCCGUGGAAAAUGGAAAGGUUCCCUCAGGUCACGAUGUCUUCAGACAUAGAGCCAAGGGACACCCAUUGACCCAAGGAGCAGCUGGAUUUGCCUCAUACGCUGGAGUUCAUGACAUGCCCUUCAGGAAAUCUGGACCACCUGGACUUUCUGCUCCUUCUCAUUAUCGUUAUCCAUCCUAUAUUUUGGGUCUGGAUCGCCACGGGCUACCGGGCGGGAUAGUGGGUGAUCACCUGGAUGAAACAAUGGAAGAAACAAGCCCAACAGCCCCACCACCAGCCCCCAUCCAGGCUCCGACCUUCAUCCUGCCUCUGCCUGGGCAGAGCAUGGACCAGCUCUGUGUGGACAUCAAGAGCACCCCGGGGCCAUUAUUACUCCUGCUCUCAGACCCUGACCAAGGUCUCGAGGUGACUGGUGAGUAUAAGAUGGAGAAGGCCCAGUUCUCAUGGAUCGAGGUGACUUUCAAGAAUCCCCAGCUGCAGGUCCACGUGUCCCCUGAGCACGUGGUAGUGACUAGGGAGCGAAGAAGCUCUCAGUACAAAUGGAAGGAGACGCUGUUCGUGGUGUUGCCUGGCCUCAAGAUGACCAUGGACAAGGCGGGGCUCCUGCUGCUCAGCAGCCCAGACAGAGUGACCAUCGGCCUGCUGUCCUGGGACGGCCCUGGGCAGGGGCUUCGGCUGCUCCUGCGGGACACUGACCGCUUCUCCAGCCACGUCGGCGGCCUCCUUGGCCGCUUUUACCAGGGCGUUGCCUGGGGGCCCCCAGAUGCCACAGAUGACAGCAAGCGAACACUGUGGACUCGUGGGUUUGAGUUCAAUGCCACCAGAAAACUCAAGUUGGAUUACCAAGUCGGGAUCCCGGGAACAGAGAUUUCCUGCUGGUCUAUGGAGCUCUGAUUCUGAUGGCAGGAGUUAUACCCACCCCCCCACCGCAUGCCACCCCACUGUGUGCAGAGGGCUGUCAUCCUGUGACCACAGCCACCUGUGGGGUUUUGUCCCAUGGAGGUGACCCAGCCCCCAGCUCUAAAUCCUCUCCGAUCCAUGCCCCAGGGAUAGUCAACCCCAGAUUCUACCCAAUUCCUGCAGUCAGAGCGCACUUAAAAAACAAUUAUAGCCCAGGUGGCUCAGUUGGUUGGUGCAUCACCUUGUACACCCCAAGGUUGCAGGUUCGAUCCAGGUCAGAGCACAUACCUGGGUUGUGGCUUUGAUCCCCAG